CCCCGUGCACGCGCGUCCCCGCGUCCCCGCGCGCCGAGCGGAGCCGAGCGGAGCCGCGCGGAGCCGCGAGCGCCGAGGCGAAGGGCCCCGGGGGCAGGUGCCGGCAGCCAUGGCGCAGUACCGCAUCCGGCCGUACCAGGACGGCGACUACGAGGCGGCGCGGACCCUCUUCGCCUGCGGCAUCCUGGAGCACGUGCCGGCCACCUACCGACACCUGCUGCAGGCGGGGCGGGCGCAGCUGGCGCUGCUGGCGCUGGUGGCGGCGGUGCGGGCGGCGGCGGGCUGCUGGGCGCCGGCGCUGGGCGCCGCGGUGCUGGCGCUGCUGGCCGCCUGGCCCCUGGUGCGCUCGCUGGCCACCUCGUACGUGCAGGAGGCGCUGGAGACCGACCUGCGGGACAUCCGCGCCGCCUACGUGGAGCCGCCCGACGCCAGCUUCUGGGUGGCGGAGGCCGGCGGGGUGCUGGUGGGCACGGUGGCGGCCGUGCCGGCGCCGGAGCCCGGCGUGCUGGAGCUGAAGCGCAUGUCGGUGCGGCGGGACCAGCGGGGCCGCGGGAUCGCGCGGGUGCUGGUGCGGGAGGUGCUGCGCUUCGCCGAGGCGCGGGGCUACGGCGCCGUGGUGCUCAGCACCUCGGUGGUGCAGGUGGCGGCGCAGCGGCUCUACGAGGGCCAGGGCUUCCGCCGGGUGGGAGCCGCCAGCCCCUCGCUGCUCGGCAGCCUCCUGUGCUUCCAGAUCUUCGACUACCGCCGCGAGCUGCCCGCCGGCCCCCGCGCGGAAUAAACGGGCUCCCGGCAAGGCGGCGGCGCCUCCGCUCUUUGCUGCGCCGGGGGCGGCCGCCUGCGCGGGGCGCGCGGCUCUGCGUGUGCACGCACGCGUGUGCAAAUCUGCGUGCAUGCGUGCGUGUGACUGCGUGCACCACACGUGCAGGUCUGCGCAUACGCACGUGUGUGUACGCGUGUGUGUGUGUGUGCACACGGGCGUGUGUGAGUCUGCGUGUGCAGGUGUGUGAUUGUAUGUGUCUGGGCAUGUCGCUGUGCAUCUGCAUGCACGCGUGUGUACAAGCCUGUGUUUGUGUGCAUGCAUGCAGGUGGGUCUGUGCGUGCAAGUCUAUCUGUGGGCAUGCACGUGUGUGUGAAAGCCUGUGCGUGUGUGCGACAGUGCGCAUGGGCAUGCUGCUGUGCGCGUGCACGCACGCGAGCGUGCAAGCCUGGGCUUGGUGUCUGCAUGUGCUCCUGUGCGCGUGCAUGCGCACGAGCGUGCAAGCCUGGGCGUAGUGUUGGCGUGCACGUCCCCCCAGCCGUGGCAGUGCUGCGACACCCGGGCGCGGAGGGGACGCGCGGGCCCGGCACCGGCCCUGCCCUCACUGCGCAUGGCGGCGGCUGCCGCUGCGGCGUCGCUG